AUGCUGGAUGGACACCUACUCCUGGGAUGGUUGUCGUUCACGCUCAUAGUGGCCUGCCUACCCGCCCCGACCGCAGCCUAUUUCGGGUUGACCGGUAAUGAGCCGCUGUCGGUGCUGCCGCUGAACGCGCUGCCUGAGGAGGUGACCGGCAGAGCUCACUACAAACUGUGCGACCGGCUCAAACUGGAGAAGAAGCAGCGCAGGAUGUGCCGACGGGACCCGGGUGUCGCUGAGACCCUACGAGACGCCAUCACCCUGAGCGCCCUCGAGUGCCAGUACCAGUUCAGAUUCGAGAGGUGGAACUGCACCUUGGAGGGGCGCCACCGAGGCAACAUUCUCAAGAGAGGGUUCAAAGAGACAGCCUUCCUUUACGCCAUCUCCUCGGCGGGGCUGACCCAUGCGCUGGCCAAAGCGUGCAGUGCAGGCCGCAUGGAGCGCUGCACGUGUGACGAGGCCCCGCACCUGGAGAACCGCAAGGCCUGGCAGUGGGGAGGCUGCGGGGACAACCUCAAGUACGCCAACAAGUUUGUCAAGGACUUCCUGGGCAAACGCUCCAACAAGGACCUGCGAGCCCGCGUGGACAUGCACAACACCAACGUGGGCAUGAAGGUGAUCAAGGCUGGAGUGGAGACCACGUGUAAGUGCCACGGUGUGUCGGGCUCGUGCACAGUGCAGACCUGCUGGAGGCAGCUCAUGCCGUUCCAUGAGGUGGGCAAGCAGCUGAAGCAGCGCUACGAAGCGUCUGUGAAGGUGGGCAGUUCCACCAACGAGGCAACCGGAGAAGGGGAGAUCUCUACAGGACGUAGCCAGCCGCCUCAGCCCCUGCCUGGGCCCAACGACCACAUCCCCCGGACUAUGGACCUACUCCACAUCGAGGACUCUCCCAGCUUCUGCAGAGCCAGCAAGUACUCAUCAGGAACCGCAGGCCGCAAGUGCUACAAGGACAAAAACUGUGACGCCAUCUGCUGCGGCCGGGGCCACAACACCCAGAGCCGAGAGGUGACGCGGCCCUGCCAGUGCCAGGUCCGCUGGUGCUGCUAUGUGGAGUGCAAACAGUGCACGCAAAGAGAGGAGGUGUACACCUGCAAGGGCUGA